CAAAGAACUCUGGGAUUAUGAGUUUUAAAAUUCACACGCAACAUAUAAACUCGUUUAAUGUAAAUUUGCGUCUAAAACGUUAGUUGACUGUUGUUUAAAUGGCAGCUUGUACAGAUGAGGGUCAGAAUCAGUUAUCAUUAACUCAAGCCCUAGAAAAUAUUAGCCAACAUGGCCACACUCAGACUGAAACUCUGCAAGACAAGCAGAAGACACUCAGCUACCUACAGGUAAUUCUGGCAGGUGAGCAGAAGAAAGGUGAUGAGGCCCAGAGGAAAUUGAGAUGUAAAGCCACAGAGCUCCUCGUCCUGGAGGACGAGAUGACGCAUUUAAAGCAGCAGAUGCAGGCCCAACAUGACCAGUGUGCUUCCAUCAGAGCGGACAACACCAAACUCCAAGAGCAAAUAUGUGAGCAGGAAGAAAAGGCCUGCACGGCACGAAUACAGUUUAACAUUUAUAGAAGAAAGAUGAAUGGCCACAGGCAGGCGGCUUUGCAUGCAGCAGGCUGGACUUCGGCUUGCAAGGAGCUGGAGGAGAAAAGGGCGCUGGUUCAGACUCUGAGGAAGGCCAAGGGUGAGCUGGAGGAGGAUUUAAAGAAUUGUCAUGGAAACACUGCCCGGAUGGCAAAGAGAGAAGUUGAUGCUCUGAAAGGAGAGAUUGCUGUCAUGAGGAAAACUAUAGCUGGGAUGAGAGAGAAUCUGCAGAAAGAGUUGGAGACUCAUGCCCAGAGAAAGAAAGACAUUGAGAUUCAAAACAAGCGCUUUGCAGCCAUGGUCAAGUGCCUUCAUCGCCAACUGAGCAAGGCCCAGGCUUUUCAUAGGCAAAUGUCCAGCGACAUGGACCACAUGGAGAGACAGAUAACUGAGCUCAAAAGUAAGCUGGGAUCAACGAAUGACUCAGUGGUUAGUGGUCAAUUGAUUUAAUUUAGUUGCAUGAUGGUGGAGAAUAUUGGGAUUUCAAUGUUCAUACAUGGUUGCCUGAGGAGGUUGUGGAUGCAAUCAACCAACAGAGGGCAGCAGUGUAAAAUGUAUAAAUUGAUAAUGCGACCCAUACAUUAUAUUUCAUGUUCAUGUUCAAACAAAGGUAUGGAUAUACUGAAUGUUCCCAUUAUUGUACCACAAUGCUUUAACUAGCAGCAGCAGGAAUAUAUUGGCCAGAAAUGUUUUAUUUGCUAUACUGUAUAUACAUAUUAUACAUUUAUCUCUCUCUCU